UUUUUAUUUUUGAGAGUUGAUUAUUUCACCUCCCUCUCUGUUAAUGACCAUGUUCAGUUGAGAAUAAGUGGAAAAUUCUGUUGCUCAGUAUAUGAUUUUUCAUCACAAUUGAUUGAUCACGUGGAUUUGAUUUCUUUAAUUUGCUAAUAGCUAUGCUGCUGAAGGAUCAGAGUUCAAGUGCAGGGAUGGAUUACAUAGAGAUGAAGAGACGGGGCAACUUCACGAGAAGGAUCCUCGUUAUUUGCGUUGUUUUCGCUCUUUUGAUUUUCAUGUUUAAACGCCCUUCUAGCAUUUCUGCAAAGUUUUCUAUGCACGAGGUAGGUGUGACACAUGUCCUAGUGACGGGAGGCGCAGGCUACAUCGGCUCCCAUGCUGUUCUACGCCUUCUGAGAGAUUCGUACCGUGUGACUAUUGUGGACAAUCUUUCUCGCGGAAACAUGGGGGCCGUUAGAGUCCUCCAAGGGCUUUAUCCGGAGCCGGGGAGACUUCAGUUCAUACAUGCUGAUCUAGGAGAUGCAGCAGCUGUGGAGAAGAUAUUUACAGAGAAUGCUUUUGAUGCUGUGAUGCAUUUUGCUGCUGUUGCUUAUGUAGGCGAGAGCACUUCCGAACCUCUAAGGUAUUACCAUAAUAUUACAUCAAAUACAUUGCUGGUUGUAAAGGCAAUGGCGUCUCGUGGUGUGAAAACAUUGAUCUACUCAAGCACUUGCGCGACUUAUGGAGAGCCCGACAUGAUGCCCAUCACAGAAACCACCCCACAAGUUCCCAUCAAUCCGUAUGGUAAGGCGAAGAAAAUGGCGGAAGACAUAAUUAUCGACUUCUCAAAGACAACGGACAUGGCUGUCAUGAUCUUGAGGUACUUUAACGUGAUUGGCUCGGAUCCCGAGGGAAGGCUUGGGGAAGCUCCACGACCCGAGCUACGAGAGCAAGGGAGAAUAUCUGGGGCUUGCUUUGAUGCAGCCAGGGGAAUCAUACCCGGGCUCAAGGUGAGAGGGACUGAUUACAAGACUAGAGAUGGGACUUGCGUGAGAGACUACAUCGAUGUGACUGACUUGAUAGACGCGCAUGUGAAAGCAUUAGCCCACGCGAGGCCUGGGAAAGUCGGGAUCUACAACGUUGGAACGGGAAAAGGUAGUUCAGUGAAGGAAUUCGUGGAGGCGUGCAAGAAGGCGACUGGGGCGAGCAUAAAGGUGGAUUACCUUAGCCGGCGGCCAGGGGACUAUGCAGAGGUUUACAGUGACCCUUCGAAGAUUUUGAGGGACCUCAACUGGUCGGCUAAGUACACGGACCUGGAGCAGAGUUUGAGCGUUGCUUGGGGGUGGCAGAAUGCGCAUCACAACGGCUAUGAUGAUUGAUCUUCGCGCUCUUCAAAAUCGCUAUUUUUUUCCUGCUGAGGACCUUGCAAAGGCCAAACACUAUCACAGAGUGAGGAGAUUUAGUAGUACCUAAGGCUUGUUAAUCGAAUUUUACGUCCCGGAAAGAUUGCUGAGAUUCUGCAUCAUCGUUAUGUUAAAGUACAUUCGACAUUUAUGUCAAAAUAUAACACUUUGUCAUCUCA